GGCAAUCCAAUUCUUGACGUCACAAACUUUCUGCGUAGGACAACGACAAGUGAAGUUCUUGGAUUUUGGACUUUUACGUGUUACGUUUCGGUAUACAUUUGUCUUUUCAGGUAGUAAUACUAUUGUGUUGUCACUAUGAUGGAAGAAGUGAGCAGUGAUGAUCAUAAAGACGUGACCCCAGUAGAGGAGGCAAAGGAAACACCACCUCCAGGAGAUGGAGGCAGCGCUCCACCUCCUGUUCCCGACAGUACUUCAUCCCUCCUGACUGGCCAGGUACCCCCUCCCCAACCCCUUGGGAGUCACAUCUACCCCCCUCCACCAGGUCCUACCAGUGAUCAAGGAGCCAUAUCAUCCAUGGGACAGCAGCAGCCACAGAUCUUCACACCCUCCCUACCUUCUGAGCCGGUGGGGACGUCCGGGUAUUCAGGGUAUGGGGUGGUGUCCAACCCUGAUCCUCAGAGCCCUCCGCCAAUGGAGAUCCCCCAUCAAGCCAGCGCCACCAGUAGUACUCCCGGGAUUACCCCUGGGCCUCACCCUGAAUCCUUGGGAGGGGGUGCAGGAGGGGGAGCAGGAGGAGGAGGUCUCUUCGGUUGGGGUAGUGGUAUCAUGAGAAAGGUCAUGGAGAAAACUAAGAGCUCAGUUGAUUCAAUGAUAACAACACUUGAUCCUGGUAUGGCACCCAUUAUUCGUUCCGGAGGAGAUGUGGACAUCAUCGUCGCAUCGGACAAAGAAGUGAAAGUGGCAGGAGUGCGGGAUGCAUUCCAGAAGGUGUUUGGAAGGGCAACGGUCACCGGUCUAGCUGCCCAGUCCAACAUCGCUCCCCAGCCGGAGGGGUAUGCUGCAGGGUUGAAGGGAGCGGAGGAGAGGAUCGGCAAUCUCAGGAGAAGUGGAGAGGUGCAUGAGAAACAACCCAUGGUCUCGGUCGAGAGCUUCAUAGCGGAGCUGCUUCCAGACAAGUGGUUUGAUAUCGGGUGCGUCAUCCUCCAAGAUCCCUACCAUGGAAUUAACCUAGAGAACUUCACCCAGGCCACGCCCAUCCCCUCCGACCUGGUGGAGGAGGCGCAGAGACUCACCCCUCCGGACUACAACCUGCGGUGGUCGGGGCUUGCCGUGACCAUCGGCGAGGUCAUCGAGAGGACGAACCAGGGGAUUCCCCGGUCGGACUGGCACAGGGUAUUCACCGGGAUGUCCAGGCAAGAGAUGAUCUACAGUGCGGCCAUCUCGUUAGCGGGAACGUACAAACUUCAGCUGUCCGGGAAGACGCAAACACUCUGAAUGGAACUCUAGAGGGCGGUGUGUAGAGGACUUGACUGAUUGUAUGCGGGCAUUACUACUGUCCAAGAGGAACUCGACUCAAAAGUAAUGGUUGCUUUGCUAUCGAUGGUUUGAAGACUUUUUAUCCUACGGGAGAGACUCGGAAUGGUAUCGUUCCGCGAGUAGGAUUCACUACCUAGAGUAUAAGAUACUAGAAUUCAUCCAGUCCAGGCAUGAAUUUACAGAAGGUAGAUUCAGUCAUUAUUACCCUCAUUGUAGGCAAACGGUGCCAAUGCCAAGAUAGAUAGCUCUUUGGAAAUCUGUUGGGUGGGUCGGGUAUUACUGUGAGCAAGUUUGCACGUGAAGCUACCUCAAACGGUAUGCAUAACAGGAGUCUCAAUGCAUCUCCCCAUCAAACUUGGGAACUGUAGGAAAAAGCCUUAAGCCUUUUGCCAAGGUUCCAUGAAAAUAACUUUUUUUUCCAUUGCAUAGGAGUAAACAAACACUACUGGAAAAGACUACAUACUCGCAGGCUGUCUGCUGAGAGCCUUUGGUAUCAGUCUCAUCGGCAGGGUAUUCAUUGCUCUGUACCACAAUUGACCAAUCAAAAUGAUUGGCUCUCCUGCUCCACAUUAUCCAAAUGUUGUUAACAUAUUUGAGUUGAGCCGCCAUGAAAGACGGCUCCUGAUUGGUUUCUGCAUGUACUGUACCAUGGAUGGCAACCUUGGGUUAAAUAUGUUGUUUUUGUUACUGUUUUCAUCAUUGUCACAUUGGUUGCAGAUUAGAAUUGAGAUGUACAUGUAAAAGGUGACCCUGCUGCUUUGGAAGUGCACCAUAGUGGAAAGAUGAGGGGGUUUUUUAAUGAUAAAAGAAAACUUUGGAGAAAAAUCUUUAUGAAGGUUUUAAUGAAAAUCCAUCAAAGAAUAAGAGUUAUGAAUGUCCAGUUAGUAAUUCAAUUCAAUUCUUUUAUUUCAUUUCCAUUCAAAACAUAAUACAUAAUACAAAAUACAUAAAACAUAAUACGUAAUUGACGUCAUUUGCAAGCUGCUCCCCUGUAUUUCAUGUGGAAUAAAUUCCAUAAAUUCCUGGAACAUGGUGAUUUAAAAUAUUUUUCUUAUAGAAGGGGUUAUCAAAUAAUGUGUCCGAUGGUGUAGCCACCACACAAGAAAAGUCACCGUAAUAUAUUUUAAAAGAAAAUUUCAUUUUGGGGGAAUUUAUAUCAAAUGAUAGCUGCACAUCUGGGAUGUCACGAAAUUGAACUUUAAUAAUAAUAACUAGCAUUUAGUAUUCUCUCCAUAGUUAACUAUGUCACAGCGUUUACAAACGAUUUAAACGAUUCUUUGAUACAUAAGAUUUUCAUCAAGCCUUUACAUUAUAUUUUUCUCUUUUUUCUGCCUAUAUUGAAACCAAUUUAUCGUAAAGGUGAACUUCCCCCUUUUUUUAAUUUGCAGCUCAUCAGUAGUCUUUCCACACAGACCCAAAACACUAAACAGCGGGAAGGCUUGCCAAUGAGAUUCAUUCUGUCUUUAAAAUCAAUUGACAAUCAAAUGCAAAAUUUGUGCAUGCAUUAUUGCAUUGUGGCUAUAUCCUGAAAUCAUUUUCUGACAUUUAAAGGAUAUAAGGUCAAAGGUGACGGGUCACAGAGGUCAUGAAGUACAUUGGAAUUGACUUAAAGAUCAAUCGACAAUCAACUAUAAACCUUGUACACAUGUCAGUAGAGUGUGAAGCAUUCCUCUCGUUUAAAGUGAAUGUUAAUUAGGUCAUUGUAGUAGUGGUCACAGAGUACGAAGGGUUUCCCGUGUCUUUGCACCUAAAAAUUUGAACUUGACAUUAAAAAUGAAUUUCAUCAAAAUUCCACAAAAUUUUCACUUGAUAUUGUUCCUUAUGCUCUUGAGAGUAAGUGUGCCAAAAUUUCGAUGACAAUUUGAGCAAAGUAUGUGAUAUUCCUGCAAAAAAAAAGUCUUGGCCAGUCAUUUUCCGAUAUGAUGCCCAAUGUCUGCACACCCAUUCACUUUACACACAAUUCAGGGAUUUUGAUGAGAAAGGGCUGCAUUGUGUGACUGUUACAUGAAAUGCCUGAAAUUCAAUAUUAUUGCUAUUUCAACUCGAAUUUUAAGUGUAUACAUGUCUAUGAAUCGCAGGUGUAAAUAGUGGCCGUUGCCUGUCUUCCUUUAUUAGAAUCGUGUAGAUACAUGCAUGCACGCACAGGCAAGGGGCACUGCGCAAACUCAGGAUAAUACGCCAAACAAGAAGUGGCUGCUUUUAAUGAUAACCUGGGGUAUCAUCUUGAAGAACACGGCCAAUUUAUACACACAGGCAUUGCCAUAGAUUCAUUAGACUGGGAGCCAAUUUUCCCUUCAAUCAAUUCAGAUGGUAACUGAUGUUUAACAACAUUUGAAUUAUUUCCAUUAAUUUUUUUAUGAAAGAUUUUGAAUUCAAUGUAAAUGUGUGGCAUAUAUUUGGAAUUAGGAAAGAACCAGUACAUCCCAAGGCCAGAAUUAGUCUAGGUCUAGCUAUGAUAUCAAAGAGACUGGUUAACGUUACAAAUGUCUCAUUUAAAAUACAUUUAAAAUACCUGUUCUUGAUGUGUGCUGUAUUUGAUAUUGUUCAUGUGGAUGAAAAUACACAGG